GUGAGUUUGAGUCCUGAUCUCUGAGUGGUCAAUAAUGAUUUUUGUACAAAAAAGAUUAAGUGGAAUCUGCACAUGGAGGAGAGAUUUUGUAAUUUACAAAAAAGAGAGAUUAAUGAGAAUUUACCACAGUUGGGAAUGAAACGUAAGGUGAAUUGUCCACCAUGAUGAACAGCGUUGGUAAGCAUCGAUAUCCACGUUGAGGUCACGGUGUGGUGUAGCAAAAAACACGGUGCUUAAGAAGCACCUCGUGAAGACGGGGCAGCAGAUUCGGAUCGAUAUUUCUUCAGAUUUCAUGGCCCCGCUUGACAAUUGGUGCCCAGCGUGGACACAAGAGCUCAAUAUUAUAUGCCGACAAUAUGCUCCAAUCACCGCCUCCAGUUGGCCGAGGGUGAUUGAGGCACAGCGUAUGGUUCUUUACAUGUACAUCUUGAUAAGAGGAGUUCGAUAUGGACAUUCUCUACGCAGACCAUGUGAAGAGGGCGGUGGACGUGCAACUGUGCAAUAAAUUUAAGACCUAUCGUGCAAAAAUGCGCGAAUAUUUUCAGACAAUGGGAGAUCAAGUAGAAGCACACCCAUAUGAUAAGGUUAUAUGUGAAAAAAAUGUUGCGAAUCGCAGCAAACUCCCUAUGACACAUUAUGGUGGGUCGAGAUUAUUCAUAAAUCAUCGAAAGCAUGAUCUCAAGACUGGCGCAAAGGAGCUGCUUCCGAAUCGUUAUCAGAGAACACACCAAAGGCGAUCGAGGGAGUGGUGCGAGGGUGCGCAGGGCAAACAUACGAAAAUGGUCGAGUUGAGGGAUGCACCUGUUUCAGAGGGGAGUCAACAAAUGACGGAUUACCAAAUAACUGCUCGGGUGCUUGGCGAACGAGCGACGCGGGGGGGGGGGGGGGGGGGCCCGGGGUGAAAGGUUUUGGAAGUAGAUAUAUCGCCCCAACAGCAUCAUCUUCUAUGGGUGCAGCGUCUCAUGCUGAGAUGGAACGAGCGCGUCGAGACGCUGAGUCUCAGGCGAAGGAGAUGGUUUAGCGGAUGCAUACGAUGGAAAUGGAGAACCAGCAAUCGAAAGACAUGGUGUCUAACGUUGAAGUGGAGAACCAGCAAUUGAAAGACAAGGUGUCCAACAUUGAAGCCACGCUCGCAGCAAUUCUGAACAGGAAAGCGCAGUUCGAACAAAUGAUGCGUCAAUCUCAACCAAAUGAUGCAGGUGGCUCCUCUCAUUAGAAGGUAUGUAAAACGUAGUUUGAACUGCAUGCUAAUAGUUCUGUUGCUUGUUUAAUUCUAUUCAUAUGCUGAAUUGUAAAUUGUUGGGAGAUACUAAAACUGUAUUGCUUGUGUUGUUAGGACUUGAUUUAUCUUUUCUAUAAAUUCAUAUAUGCGUAGACAGACCCUAGGUUAUGUACUAUUGUUGUUGGCUUAGCUAAACCUAAGAAGAACUUUUGUAACUUACAGGUUUGGGAAAUGUUCUAUUUACAGAUGGCAUGCUGCCGAAAUUUUGUUAGAUUUCAAUGUUUUCUUAACCUCCUCCCAAAUAAAUCUUCCAAACACUAUAACCUAUAAGAAAUACAGAAACCUCUCAACUCCUUAAUUGAAAAUCUAACAACAUUAAACUCUCAACUUAAGACCUAAUUAGGGAAACGAAGAUCAAGAGCAUGCAUAAAAUCUAGUCAAAAUAAAAUCUAUAUCCAUAACAAGUAGGUCCAUUGAUUUAGAAGAAGGUGGCUCCUCCCAUUAGAAGGUAUGUAAAAUGUAGUUUGAACAGCAUGCUGGUAGUUCUAUUGCUUAUUUAAUUCUAUUCAUAUGUUGAAUUGUGAAUUGUUGGGAGAUACUGGAACUGCAUUGUUUGUGUUGUUAGGACUUGAUUUAUCUUUUCUGCAAUUUCAUAUAUGCAUAGACAGAUCCUAGGUUGUGUACUACUGCUGUUGGAUUAGCUAAAUCUAGAAAGAACUUUUGUGACUUGCAGGUUUGGGAAAUGUUCUAUUUACAGACGUCAUGCUGCCGAAAAUUUGUUAAAUUCUAAUACUUUCUUAACCUCCUCCCAAAUAAAUCUUCCAAACGUUAUAGCCUAUAAGUAAUACAGGAGCCUCCCAACUCCUUAACUGAAGAUCUAACAACAUUAAACUCCCAACUUAAGACCCAAUUAGGGAAACGAAGAUCAAAGGCAUGCAUACAAUCUAGUAAAAAUAAAGAUCCUUGUGUGUGUAUGUAUGUAUAUAUGUAUGUAUGUAUGUGUGUGUGUGUGUGUGUAUAAAUUUAAAUAGAUUAUAGUGUUUCAAAGCUUACUUUUUUUUUUGUACCACAUAUAAGAUGCAAUCAUUACUGGUUGGAUUAUUCUAAACUGUUUAGUGUAAACACCCAGGUUUGGAACAUAUUUCUAUGAAAAAUGUUUUAUUUACAGGGGAAAUGCUGCCAAAAUUUUUCAAAACUUCUAUAAUUUUGAAAAACAUAAUCUAAUGAACUUUCAUGCAUAUCAUUGUCUUUAUUUUUGAGCCAUAAGGUUGUCUUAAGCACAUUGAGCAUUUAUACGAUGCAAAAAUCUUAUGAAUUACAUGUUUUUGUGACUUGUAGGUUUAAGAAAUGUUUUAUUUACAAACAGCAUGCUACUGAAAAUUUAUUAAAUUUCUCCCAAAAUAAUCAAAGUCAUAUACCAUAUUUGUGAGAAUGAUUAUAAUGUGCUGAAUGUUAAAAUAUUUUUGAAAUGAUGAGUGAAGUUCAAAUGAAUUUUGAACUUCAUUUCUAAAGUUACUUUUGCAUAUGUUAAGUGAAAAUUCUAUCAAUAGUGGACUCAUUUGUAUUAUUUAAUUAUUAUAAUUGUUUUUUAGUCUUAAACAAACCAUGUAAAUCAUUAUCAACAUCACAUUCUAUUUUUUCAUAGAACUAUAGUCUGAUAUAGAUUGUUUGUGGGAUGUAUAAACAUAUUACAUUAUUUAAUACUGAUUAUAUGAAAAUCUUGUGCACUCAUAAAAUUCAUUAAUUACUGAUUGGAUUAUUGUGAACUAUUUAGUGUAAACACCUAGGUUUCGAACAUAUCUCUAUGGAAAAUGUCCUAUUUACAGGGGAAAUGCAGCCAAAAUUUAUCAAAAUUGAUAAAAUUUCGCUAUUUAAAGUAGUAUCAUUUUUUUUAAAACUUUUUCCCAAAUGUCCGAUUAUUUUUCUAUCAAAUCAUUGAUACUUAUAAUACGUAUAUAGCCAAAAAUCGUAUACUAAUUUUUUUAUAAUUCUUAAUUUGUAGGGUUUGCAGCUGUCACAACAUCAACACGAUACCAUGCACUACAGUCGGAUACAGUUUUUGAUUUUUUUUUUAUAUUUUUUUUGUUAUCUGAACAUAUGAGAUUCAUGUAUAAAACAUUUGGAACUUGUAUAAUGUAUUUGUAUUUGAUUGUGAAUUAGAAUUUUUAAUAAUUUAUGAAUAUUUUUAAUAA